AUGCGGAGGCCCGACACCGGGGACCGAAGCGCGACCGCCGAAGCAGGCACGGCACCCGAAACGCGCCCCGAAGCAAGCUGCCGAGAGACCACCACACACCAUGGCGACCUCGACUCUGCCUCCGACGCCACCGACGAGGAAGAGGACGUGCAUCGACUCCAGGCAGACCGGGGCCGGCGCGACCGAUGGAGUCUCGGGACUGGCCAGUUCGAGGUGACUUUCAAGGGGCGAACAGCAAGGCUUCCCCUAACGAUUGUGGACCGAGAUCGCCCUAGCCUUUUGGGACUGCAGUGGUUCGCGCCGCUCGGAAUCAAGGUGACGGGAAUCGACCACGUCCAGGAGGCCGACUGGGAAGAGCAGCUCGCCAGAGACUUCCAGGAAGUGUUCGACGGCACCCUAGGCAAGUACCGAGGGCCCCCCAUUUCGUUCAGCCUAGACCCCAGCGUUCCCCCCAUUCGCCUGAAACCACGGCGAGUACCAUUCCCGCUCCGGCCAAAAAUCGACAAGCAAAUAGACAAGCUCAUCAAACAAGGAGUCCUCGAGCCAAUCGACCAUGCCCGGUGGGAGACCCCCAUAGUCACCCCCGUCAAGCUGGAUGGGUCAGUAAGAAUUUGCGGGGACUAUAAGGCCACCCUUAAUUGCGCUCUGCAGCAAAGCGCCUACCCCGUCCCAGUAGUGCAGCACCUCCUACACUCACUGGGGGGAGGCAAGGUCUUUGCGAAGCUCGACCUGGCACAAGCCUAUCAGCAGCUGCCGGUCGACGCAGAAACGGCCGAGGCACAAACAAUAGUAACCCACCGGGGGGCUUUCCGCUGUAAGAGACUCCAGUUUGGAGUCAGCGUGGCCCCAGGAAUAUUCCAGAGCCUCAUGGAGAGACUCCUGCAAGGAAUCAAGGGGGUGGUGCCCUACUUCGACGAUGUAUUGGUGUCGGCAACCAACCAGAAGGAGCUAGAGGGUCGCCUGAGCGACCACAAGCCGCUGCUGGGAAUCCUGGCAGGGAACAGGGCCACCCCAAACAUUCUAUCCCCUAGAAUGACAAGGUGGUCCGAAUUCCUUGCAGCCUACAAUUACCGGCUCACACACCGACCCAGAAAGACGAUCUCCCACGCAGACGCCUUGAGCCGCACGCCGCUACCAGACUUCGACACCAACCCAGCACCCAAGACGACCACCCUCAGCAUAGAGACUCUGCCCGAUCUACCCAUAACCGCGUCAGACAUUUCCCGUGAAACUAAUAAAGACAAACGUCUGGCGCGGGUAUUGCAUUGGGUAGAGAAGGGGUGGCCCGAGAAAGACGACGACGAGACUUUCCGGACAUUCCGGAACCGACAAACGGAACUGUCAUUGCAAAAAGGGUGUUUACUUUGGGGGAACCGAGUUGUUAUUCCGGGAAAAUUACAGAGAAAAGUCUUGGAAUUGUUGCAUGAGGGGCACCCGGGCAUCGUUAGGACAAAGGCCUUAGCCAGAAAUUACGCCUGGUGGCCAGGAAUGGACAAGCAAAUCGAAGCAUGGGUGGCAGCAUGUAACAGAUGUCAGGAAACCAGACCCAGCCCUCCUGCCGCCCCGAUCCUGGAAUGGGAAACCCCUAGGGGACCAUGGUCCAGGAUCCACAUAGAUUUUGCCGGGCCCACAAAAGGACACACCUUCCUCAUCACGGUAGACGCUUACUCCAACUGGCUGGAGGUAAGCAACAUGAGGACUACCACCACGGAGGCCGUCACCAAAGAACUCAGCAAACUAUUUGCAACCCACGGCCUCCCAGAUGUCCUCGUAUCCAACAACGGGCCCCAAUUUACCUCGCUGGAAUUCAAAAAAUUCCUAGUGGAAUGGGGGAUACGACACGCGUUGACAGCGCCGGCACAUCCGGCGGCGAACGGGAGGGCGGAACGGAUGGUUCAAUUCACGAAAAAAACCAUCCAAAAAAUGAGGAAGUUAAGAUCCCCACUCGACAGACUG